UUUGUAAUAGGCGAAGCAUUCUUGGAACGAUUCUUUGAUUUCCUAAAUGAACAUGGCAGCCUCUAGCGAAGACAGCGCAGUGAUGGAGUUUGCUGUGAAUAUGACAUGUGAGGGUUGUGUGAAAUCAGUGAAGAAUUCACUUCUUGAAGUAAAUGGUGUAAAGUCAGUUCAGGUGAACUUGGCAACAGACCAGGUAAUUGUUGAAAGCACUUUGACCUCUAAUCAGAUCCAAGCAUUGAUAGAAAAGACUGGGAAAAAGGCAGUUCUUCAGGGGUAUGGAUCCUUGAAUAAGACCCCUGUUGAGUCUGGUGUGGUUCAGUUAAAUACUGGUGAUGACAAAAUCCAGGGAGUCAUACGAAUGGUCCAGUCAAAUUCAUCCAGAUGCAUCAUAGAUGGCACUAUUGAUGGUCUACCGGAAGGGAAACACCGACUUUUUAUACAUGAACUGGGGGACAUUUCCCAAGGAUGUGACAGUUGUGGAGAAAUUCUUGGAAGACUCAGUCCUCAGACAGAAAAGCCUGUAGGUGACUUAGGAGAAAUUGAAGCAGCAGCCAAUGGCCGAGCAGAUUUCAGAUUGACCAGUAAUAGAUUAAAAGUCUGGGAGGUCAUUGGAAGAUCUCUAGUUGUUCAUCAAGAGAAGCCAGAAAGUUUAAAUUCACAGAUCCAGAAAAAACUUUCCUGUGGCAUAAUUGCAAGGUCAGCUGGACUCUUCCAGAAUUCCGAGAAAAAAAUCUGUUCAUGUGAUGGAGUGACAAUUUGGGAUGAAAGAAAUGUUCCUUCUGCAGGCCAUGCACGGAAAUCCAAAAUAUGAGAUUUACAGGUCAAGGACAAAUGGAAAAUGUGAGGUUCAAGGGUCAAGGACAAAAAUCCAAAUGAAGACAUUAAUGAUGCUAUACACACCUUGAUUAUAGCUCUGUUGAAUAAUAUGUUUCACAUAUAUGCAUCUUCUGAAAAUACAAAUGCUCUUUCAAUAACCUUUACAAUUAAUACAUUUUCAUGAAACUUUUUUUGGGACAGGCUUUGAAUUCACAUGAAAUUAAAAUCAUGAUUCAAUGAUUAAUCCUGAAAAACAGCUGUUUGGUUAUUGUACAUCAUAAUAUCUUUUCUGGUCACAAUAUCAAUAGCCUCUUGUCCUUCUUGAUCAAGAAUCUUUGCUAGUAGCAAAACUGUUUUGACAGUUAAUGCUAGAUGAAUCUUUUAUUAGUUUCAAUUAUUGGUGAACUUUAAUGAACUUUUCUCAUUUAAAUUUGUCUGUCAUUUGUCCAUUAUCUGUCAACUCUUCACAAUUUUGAUUUCUGAAAACCUCAUGGCACAUUCAAACAAAAACAGCUAAAUUAUCCUUUUGAAGAGUUGAUUACAAUUGUUCAAAUAUGGAAGCAUCCUUGUGUAAAUUCAAUUUUUUAGUCUCAUCAUGCCCCUUGGACUAAGAUGGGACCACAGUCGGGGUUCAAAGUUUAAGUAAGAAUAUUCACAGGAGCAUAUCUCAAGAAUGACUGGGCAUUAUUGUGCCAUAUUAACAUGUAAGCAUUCCCAUGCUUUGAAGAAUUCCAUUUUUCUUCUACUCUCGCUCCCAGAAAGGAUUGGGCCACAAUAGGAUGAUCAGAAUUUUACACAGGAAGAUAAAGGAGCUAUUUUUUAACAAAUCAGUUGAAAAUUGUUGAAAGUGUUAGGUUUAAGUCAAGGGGUUUUCUGUAAGCAUUGGUUGUUAUAUUUGUGGCAGUCAGACAGAUUCAAUCACCUGUGGCCAGACAGCGCAGUUGACUAGUAAUUCAGUGUUGGGGGGGGGGGGGGGGGGGAGAGAGGAUGGGUUCGAAUUCUGGUCUGGUCCAUCUUAUUUUUUUCCUUUCCUGCCAUAUUUGGUGUUGUGACGUGCCCUGGUCUUGUCCCUUGCAUUUUUCUCCUUUCCUGUUACAUAUUGAAGGGUUGUAAAAUGUGUCAAUUUCCCUAUUUUAGGUAAUUGGAAUGAUUACCUGUCUAUUGCUCUUUAAUAAGAAUAGGAAAGUUGACAAGUGGACUCUUUGAUAUUUUAAAGUCCUUCAUCAAUUUUGUUUCCAUAUCUUCAUAACUUUCACUUUUAUGAUAACUCAGGUGAGGGUUGUUGGAUGUGGGCCUCUUGUAUAAGAUUUGCAUGUAGAAUGUAGCUACAGCUCAUUUAAUUGCAUGAAUUAAACAUUGUUUUUGUAUUUUCCAUUCCAAUUAUAGCCAAAAAGGUAAUACAAUGUAUUUAUAUUUUUUUUUCAUCAGCUUUAUUAUCAUUAGAGAGGUUUAAACAUAAAAUUUCUCACACUUGUUGAUUUUUUAAAAAAAUUAUGAAAUAAAUACAUAAAACUGUAAA